ACGAGCUGGGGAUACCCUCCACAGGCGGGCGUUAAACCGCGCGGGCAGCGCUGCGAGAGCUCCCAAACAGGACUCGAGCGGGGAGCCCCGAGGCCGUGCGUUUCCCCGCCGCGCCAGACAGGGAGGGCCUAGAUGUGCCGGCGCUGGUUGGUCAGAGGCGGUGGCCUCUGACCUUUCCGCGAGCUGAGAAGACGGCGGGAGGAAAAAAGGCAGAGACAACGCUGGGCGCCCGGCGGUCCCUCCGCUGACGGCGGGUAAUGCUGGGACAGCGAACCGGCGGUGGGGGGUGCCCGGGCCUCCCGGGCGACGGCGAAGGCGGAGUCCCGGCCCGGCCGGGGAGGUUGGCUGAGAGGCCCCCCCAGCUGCCCGCCAAAGUAAACAAGGCCGCGACGUGCGCUGCGCACUUACCGGGAGCUGCGGCCUCGCGGCCGCUGAGCCCGGACGAGCCAGACCGGGUCAGGCCGGGCCAGAGGGACUGGAUUGGGGAGAAGCGGCGGCAAAGGCGGCGGGCCGACGCCGGUCAAGCCCGUGCUGCUUCCUCCAGAAGAGUCGUCCCCGCAGCUCCGGAAGUACUUGGCGCCGUUGCGUCACUUCCGGAUCGGGGUCGACCCACGGUCGCUCAGGUCGCGACUGGCUCCUGGUUAGAGGGCCUCUUUAGCGCCGCCUCCUUGCAAUUUAGCGCUCUGACCCAUAGUCUGACUAGGGUACGGCAGGUGCCGACCGCGUCUGGAGCCACCUUUCGCCUACCAGCGUCUCCCGUUGAGAUGUUCUUAACCAACGCGUUUCUCACCGCCUUAUCAUUUCACUGGUACUCCGGGAUCGGGCACGGAGAAGACAUCCUGGCGUCGGUGGAAUGUCUAAAGACCAUUGUUUCCCGGCCGCUAUCUGGUCUGAGGGGAGCUGGGCCGGGAAUUUCUGCCUACACCCCAAGGCGGUCGCCGGGUGGCCCCAGAGCUGCAACCAUACCACGCUUUCGCUUCCCCCGCCGCGGCCUCGUUCGCCGCCCAGUUCGACUUACCGUCACCGUGCAAGGUUGCAUCUUAACUGCCUUGCUUGCAGUUUCUUUUCACACUAUAGGAGUUGUCAUCAUGACUUCCAGUUACCUUUUGGGACCGGUUGUCAAAUGGUGUGGCUAGAACUCAGAUUGUUGCUGCACCACAGUGGAAAUGCCAAUGUGAAGCCGCUGAUGUUAGGAAGGCUCCAGGGUGUGCAAUUCCAUAGACAACAAAUCAAAUCAUUUCCAACCAUACUGGACUCGCGUAUAUACGCAUUUAAGACACCUGUGCUGGCCGGUCGCUGUGGCUUAUGCCUGCAUUCCCUGCAUUUUGGGAAGCCAAGGUGGGAGGAUCGCUUGAGCCCAAGAAUUUGAGGUAGUGAGACCCCUCCUUCUUUCUAUAAAAAACAAAAACAAAAAAACUAAAAAUUAGCUGGGCGAGGUGGCACACGCCUGUGCGUCCCAGCUACUCAGGGGGCUGAGGUGAUAUAGGAUUGCUUGAGCCGAGGAGGUCGAGGCUGCAGUGCGCCGAGAUUGCACAACUGCAGUCCAGCAUCGGUGAUAAUGGACCCUGUCACAAAGCAACAAUAACAAACCAUACAAUGUAGAAAGCCAUUAAAAAUCAUGCCGGGUGGCCGGGCGCAGUAGCUCACGCCUGUAAUCCCAGCACUUUGGGAGGCCGAAGAGGACAGAUCACGAGGUCAGGAGUUCGAGACUAGCCACACCAGCAUGGUGAAACCCCG